GUCGUAAUCGUAAACAUCAGCUGCUUUUGAAUUUAAUGAAUGAGAAUUGUAGUGAAAUUAUCGUUAAUAAUAUUGGCGACUACAGAUUAUAAUAGUUCUUAAAUAAACAAAUAAGGUAGCCUGUAGCAUGAGUGCGACCGAAGUUGCUAAUAAGCCGUCGGAUGCUCCCGAGCACUGUCCGGGCACACAGAGCAACGAUGCCGGAAAGGCUUCCGCUUGUGCCGGUUGUCCCAACCAGCAAAUUUGCGCAUCCGGGCCAAAAGGACCUGAUCCUUCGUUAGCACUAGUGAAGGAGAAGCUACAAGAAGUGCGAAACAAGAUAUUGGUGCUGUCCGGAAAGGGUGGCGUAGGUAAGAGUACUGUAACGGCUCUGUUGAGCCGUGCCAUGGCACAAUCACACCCGGAGAAGAAUUACGGCGUGCUGGACAUUGAUAUUUGCGGACCAUCACAACCCCGCGUUCUGGGUGUACUUGGAGAACAGGUUCAUCAGUCCGGUUCGGGUUGGUCGCCGGUGUUUAUCGAGGACAAUCUCAGCCUGAUGUCUAUCGGUUUUCUUCUGGGCAGCCCCGAUGAUGCCAUCAUUUGGAGGGGACCGAAAAAGAAUGGAAUGAUUCGGCAGUUUAUGACGGAGGUGGACUGGGGCCAGCUGGACUAUUUGGUACUGGAUACACCGCCAGGUACGUCGGAUGAGCACCUGUCGGCAGCAACCUAUCUGAAAGAAACCGACGGGAGCUGGGGAGCGGUUCUAGUGACGACACCACAGGAAGUGGCACUGUUGGACGUGCGAAAGGAGAUUACUUUUUGCAAGAAGAUGGGCAUUCCAGUGAUCGGAGUGGUGGAGAAUAUGUCCGUUUUCGUUUGUCCUAAAUGUACGACGGAGUCUGAUAUUUUCCCAGCUAAAACGGGUGGAGCGGAAAAGAUGUGCCAGGAGAUGGAGGUGACGUAUUUGGGCAAACUACCGUUGGAUCCACGUUUGACCAAAUGCUGUGAUGAGGGAAAGGAUUUUAUCACGGAGUAUGCUAAGAGUCCGACGGUGAUUGCUUUAAGACAAAUCGUGGAGAAGGUACAGGAUUUUUUCGAGAAAUAAGAUAUUUUGUUAUGUUCUGGUACUUUAAUAAACAGUGAAAACGUCGGAGGUA